ACAAUUAUAUUCUAGGUUGACUUUUCCUUUAGUUCAACUAGUUUCCUUUGCUGCCUGUGUAAACUGUCACUUAGAAACCAAUGAACCCCAUCAACCCUCCUUCCACUGCUGAUCCUGACUGAGGGUGUGAAGGUUGGGUAAAUAAGGACAAAAGCCGGUGUUUGGAAAAGGUUAGACUUUACUAAUUUACAUCGUUCAUCAACCUUACUUGCUAUAUUAUUGUUAUUUUAGGUUAUCAUAGGGUUACCAGGUCAGUGGCUACUGCAGCAGGGACCACUGGAAGUGGACAGUAUAGUGGCAAUAUUGCCAGGAGAUGUGUCACAUUAGGGAGGAUUGGGAUGUAGGGAGGUACAAGGUGUGUGUGUGGGGGUCCCAGCGCAAAUUGUAAAUAGGGGCCCUCAGGACACUAGUUACAUUGUUGCACUGGACAUCAUAAACACUCAAGUAGUUCAACUGGAAUUUUCAAGCUGUCAGGGAAUUUCCCCAGUCCGUAACUGAUGCAGCCACCUACCUCUCCCCUCAUCCCAUUAAUUAGCCUCUCACCUGCUAAGUCUCUUACUCAGCCGCAGCCUCCAGUCUCUCACUCCGCACUCAAGCGCCAGUCAGGAGGCACAAACACUGGCUCUGUCGGAGGCUGCCAUACACAGUCGUGCCAUACACAGUUGUUCCAUACAUAGCUGUGCCAUACACAGUCGGCAGAAGGGGACAGACAGGAAGAUUUGUGCUUUACACAGAAGAUAACAUUGAAGCAGCUGAAAGCGGUGUGUGGCAGUUCACAUCUCUGACUUCACCAAGAGGACACGGAUCUUAGCACAAUAAAGCUGUAACUCCCAUUCUUUGUGCUGGAGAUAUCACAGAGACUAUUCCCUGCUCACACAGGAUCUUUGGAGUUUCUGGUUCAGGAUUAUAAAUACAAGAAUCUGCUUUCUUUUCUGCUCUUUCCUGAUAUCAUGGCCCGCUGCAUUAGUAAGUUCGGUGUCAUAUCCAUCAUACUUUGCACUUUUAGUUUCUUUUUGCUGGACUUCUAUAGUAAAUCCAAAUGUCUGGAGAGCUGCACAACAGUGCAUGGAAAGGUGGAGGUGGCCCGGGAUGUAAAGAAUAAUUUAAACAAAGCACUUGAAAAGGAAAACCCUCUUGAAAGAGAAAAAGACCUCGAACGGGAAAAACAGCUCGAAAGGCAAAAGGAGCUUGAAAGGGAAAAACAGCUCAAAAGGGAAAGGGAGCUCGAAAGGGAAAAACAGCUCGAAAGGGAAAAACAACUCGAAAGGGAAAAACAAUUCGAAAGGGAAAAGGAACUUGAAAGGCAAAAACAACUCGAAAGAGAAAAGGAGCUCGAAAGGCAAAAAAUAGCUGAAGCAGAACAUUUACAUAAAAUCUGGCUCCAUCAGAGGCAAGGUGCCCAAUCAAGAUUGAGAUUCGCUAAUAGGUACGGAGUAUGGAAUGAGCACAUGUCAUCAAAGGACAUACUACCUAGACUGGUGAUGGUGAAGAAGUCCUACCAAUCAGAGAACAAAUACAAGGUCAAAUAUCAGGGAAAACUCGGUCAGUUGUUAACACCACAAGAACUGCUGUGUGCGAUAAAAACAAAAGUGAAUAUAAGUACCCUUGUGACAGCUGACCUUCCCCAGAAUGCCGACUCCUGGAGCCAGUACUUGCCCAGAAAGACUCUGCAGGAAGAAGUUAAGAGCCUGGGGAAAUGUGCUGUGGUGUCCUCUGCAGGAUCGAUUAAACACUCAAGACUUGGACAGGAGAUUGAUACCCAUGAUGCUGUUUUGAGGUUUAACGCUGCGCCAGUUUUAGGAUAUCAGGCUGAUGUCGGAACAAAAACGACUUUCCGUCUGCUUAAUUCCCAGCUUGUUUCUCGUCCUGAGCUUAAAUUCUUAGAAGAUCCUCUGUAUAAGGAAGGCUCCUUAAUUAUGUGGGAUCCAGCACCGUAUAAUGCAAACGUGGAAGAGUGGCACAAGAACCCAGACUAUAAGUUCUUUGAAAGGUAUAGUGAGUAUCGAAGGAGGAACCCAGAGCAGAUGUUCUAUGUCCUAAACCCACAUGCAGCAUGGCAGCUGUGGGACAUAAUUCAGCAGAACGCACCUGAAGACAUUAAUCCGGGCCCUCCUUCAUCUGGCUUAUUAGGGAUUCUGCUGAUGAUGAACCUCUGUGACCAAGUAAAUGUUUAUGAAUUUCUGCCGUCCAGACGACAGAGUGAUUUGUGCCACUAUUAUGAGAGAUACCAAGAUCGUGCCUGCACCCUGGGAGCGUACCACCCUCUCAUGUAUGAGAAGAACCUGGUCAAAAAGCUCAAUCUUGGGGACGAUAACAGCAUAUUCCACUUCGGAAGGAUUACUCUGCCAGGACUCAGGGGGCUGCAAUGCUAGGUCUCUAGUGUUUACAGAAUUAAAUAAGAUGGAGCAAAGGAUGCGGGAAUUGUUUUGGUUACUUUUCCCCAUCCAAGGUAGCAUUAUCCUCAGCUAUGGAAGAUAUUCCAUUAAAAGACAAUACUACUAGUAGAGGAUAUCAUAGCUACUGAGAAGUACAGCUGCUAAACAACUGUAUACACAGUUUGGUUGUUACAUUUCACUGAAUGAUUGUCCCUAUGCACACUCUAGUCUUCUACCCGGGAAGUCUACAUAGAAAGAAAAAUCCUUUGAGAUCCUUGAGAUCAAUAUUUUUGAGCUUCAGCACAGUUAAUUCUACGAUCAUACCAUUUGGUCUCUUGAAAUAAUUAUGAGGAUCUAUGACUUUGGAAUAUUUUGUCUCAGGGAGUCCUGCUGAAAUAAUGCAAGGGGACAUUCAUUUAGAGAUACAAGACUGGACUAAUAGGCAAAGCAUCACUGGACUAAUAGGCAAAGCAUCACUGGACUAAUAGGCAAAGCAUCACUGGACUAAUAGGCAAAGCAUCACUGGACUAAUAGGCAAAGCAUCACUGGACUAAUAGGCAAAGCAUCACUGGACUAAUAGGCAAAGCAUCAUUGGACUAAUAGGCAAAGCAUCACUGGACUAAUAGGCAAAGCAUCACUGGACUAAUAGGCAAAGCAUCACUGGACUAAUAGGCAAAGCAUCACUGCACUAAUAGGCAAAGCAUCACUGGACUAAUAGGCAAAGCAUCACUGGACUAAUAGGCAAAGCAUCACUGGACUAAUAGGCAAAGCAUUACUGGACUAAUAGGCAAAGCAUUACUGGACUAAUAGGCAAAGCAUCACUGGACUAAUAGGCAAAGCAUUACUGGACUAAUAGGCAAAGCAUCACUGGACUAAUAGGCAAAGCAUUACUGGACUAAUAGGCAAAGCAUUACUGGACUAAUAGGCAAAGCAUCACUGGACUAAUAGGCAAAGCAUCACUGGACUAAUAGGCAAAGCAUUACUGGACUAAUAGGCAAAGCAUCACUGGACUAAUAGGCAAAGCAUUACUGGACUAAUAGGCAAAGCAUUACUGGACUAAUAGGCAAAGCAUUACUGGACUAAUAGGCAAAGCAUUACUGGACUAAUAGGCAAAGCAUUACUGGACUAAUAGGCAAAGCAUCACUGAACUAAUAGGCAAAGCAUUACUGGACUAAUAGGCAAAGCAUCACUGGACUAAUAGGCAAAGCAUCACUGGACUAAUAGGCAAAGCAUUACUGGACUAAUAGGCAAAGCAUCACUGGACUAAUAGGCAAAGCAUUACUGGACUAAUAGGCAAAGCAUUACUGGACUAAUAGGCAAAGCAUUACUGGACUAAUAGGCAAAGCAUUACUGGACUAAUAGGCAAAGCAUUACUGGACUAAUAGGCAAAGCAUCACUGAACUAAUAGGCAAAGCAUUACUGGACUAAUAGGCAAAGCAUUACUGGACUAAUAGGCAAAGCAUCACUGGACUAAUAGGCAAAGCAUUACUGGACUAAUAGGCAAAGCAUCACUGGACUAAUAGGCAAAGCAUUACUGAACUAAUAGGCAAAGCAUUACUGGACUAAUAGGCAAAGCAUCACUGGACUAAUAGGCAAAGCAUCACUGCACUAAUAGGCAAAGCCUCUUAGGGCUCUGGCACACAGGGAGAUUAGUCGCCCGCGAACAGGGAGAUUUGUCGCGGGCGACUAAUCUCCCCGUGUGCCAGAGCCCUUAGUGAUCAUAUAUCAACAUAUGUAUGUAGUCCUUAAACUUACCUAACCUGUUCAAUGUGGCCACCAUUGUGCAUGGCACAUGUACUAAUGAUUCUCCUGUUCUGUUCCCAGGCUGAAUGAGUGGAUGCUGAAAUACCUUAGACCCAUAGUCCCUAAACAGACAAUCCCUUUGCUAUGUGUAGAAUAAAAUGUAGGUUUUGGAGGUGGCCCCUGAUUUUGGCCACAUACAAAACUCACAAUGAACUUCUCUAUCUACUUGGAUGCAUUUAAUCACAUGGGGCUCAUUUACAAACACCGCCAAAGUUGCUCCUGGGCAGUAACCCUUAGCAACCAAUGAACAAUUAGCAUUUUUCAGACAGCUGCAGGUUAACAAUGGAAGCAAACAUUGAUUUAUUGCCAUGGGUUAUUGCCCAGGAGCAAAUUUGGCCAGUGUUUAAAAAUAACCCCCAGUGUCGCUGAAAAUGGUUCUCCAGCACAAUUACCCAUAGCAAACAAUGAACAGUUAGCUUAUAUGUGGUCUUCUGCAAGUAGCUUUCACAAAGGAAAUGCCAGUUGGUAGCCGGGAUAAUUUAAUGCCUAUAUUAAUAAAGUGCCUAUAUUAGUAUAGAUCAGCAAGAAGUGAAACCACUGUUUUCUUGUAAUUUAUGUAAUGAGUUUCUUGUAAUUUAUGUAACGAGUUCCUUCACUCUAUAUUAAAGGACAUGUCAACAAAAAAAUACUUUUUUGCCCAAUAAAACAUAAUUCUAAGCAACUUAGCAUUAUACAUUUAUUACAAAUUUGUAAUGGUUAUUUGUAUAUAUUAUUGCUAUUAAAAGCAGUGUCUGUCUGUCCUUUUCUAUUCUCUGUCCUGCUGGCUCUGACUUUUAAAACAAUGUAACACAAGCAGCAGAUUGACAGACCUG